GCGGAACAUGGACUGUAACCGCUCGGUACCGCCGCCGUCCACGUAACCGGAUCAGACCCCCCUGAAGGAAUGUUCACCCUCACAGAAGUAGCCUCCCUGAAUGACAUCCAGCCAACUUACCGAAUACUGAAGCCAUGGUGGGAUGUCUUCAUGGAUUAUCUUGGUAUUGUCAUGCUGAUGUUGGCCAUAUUUUCUGGAACCAUGCAGUUAACUAAGGACCAGGUGGUUUGUCUUCCCAUUCUGGAACAAACGCCGGAGGGGGCCGGGGGCUUCCUGGGACCCCAAACACCGGAGCCGGCUGAUGGCUUGUGGAACAAAGAGAGCGCCAUUGGGGAGCAGGCGGCCCCUCUGAUGGCUAAAAGGCCUCCCGACAGCAUCGCCCCGACAAUUCACUUCACACAGUCGCCUACUUUUGGGCAGCCGCAGCCCACGGGCGUCAGGACCAAGCUGGACUUUCAGCAGUAUGUUUUUGUCAACCAGAUGUGCUACCACGUCGCCCUUCCUUGGUACUCCAAAUAUUUCCCAUACCUCGCUCUAAUCCACACUAUUGUAUUGAUGGUCAGUAGCAACUUCUGGUUCAAAUACCCAAAGACAAGUUCGAAAAUAGAACAUUUUGUGUCCAUACUGGGAAAAUGUUUCGAGUCCCCUUGGACCACUAAAGCUCUGUCUGAGACGGCGUGUGAGGACUCGGAGGAGAACAAGCAGAGGCUGGCUGGUGCCUCGUCUCUCCUGAAACAUCUGUCCACAAGCAGCGAGGAGGGGAGUCCCAACCAGUCCGCCCCGAUACUGACUAAAUCUGGGGUCACGUUCUCCGCUGAGAAGCUCGUGAGCGAAGUUCCCUCCAUGACCAUACUGGACAAGAAAGACGGCGAGCAAGCGAAGGCCCUGUUCGAAAAAGUGAGGAAAUUCCGUGCCCAUGUGGAGGACAGUGAUUUGAUUUACAGACUCUAUGCCAUUCAGACAGUCAUCAAAACAGUGAAGUUUAUCUUGAUUCUGUGCUACACGAUGACAUUUGUUGCCUCUAUAGAUUUUGAUCAUGUGUGUGAGCCUGAAAUAAAGCAUUUGACUGGAUAUGCAAAGUUCCAGUGUACACACAACAUGGCAUUUAUGUUAAAGAAGCUCCUCGUCAGCUAUAUCGCUCUCAUAUGCGUUUACGGCGUUAUCUGCAUUUACACGCUGUUCUGGCUUUUUCGGCGACCUCUUAAGGAGUAUUCCUUUGAGAAAGUCAGAGAGGAGAGCAGCUUCAGUGACAUUCCUGAUGUUAAGAACGACUUUGCGUUCCUCCUCCACAUGGUCGAUCAGUACGACCAGCUGUAUUCGAAGCGUUUUGGGGUUUUUCUCUCUGAGGUGAGUGAGAACAAACUUCGGGAGAUCAGUCUAAACCACGAGUGGACCUUUGAGAAGUUGCGGCAGCAUGUAACGCGCAAUCCUCAAGAAAAGUUGGAGCUUCACCUCUUCAUGCUCUCUGGAGUUCCGGAUGCUGUGUUCGAUCUGACUGAUUUGGAAAUCUUGAAACUAGAAUUGAUCCCAGAGGCGAGGAUAACCGCUAAGAUCUCUCAAAUGAUAAACCUCCAGGAGCUGCACUUCUACCACUGUCCUGCCAAAGUUGAGCAGACUGCUUUCAUUUUCCUACGCGAUCACCUCCGGUGCCUUCAUGUCAAAUUUACAGACGUCGCUGAGAUUCCCAGCUGGGUGUACUUGUUGAAAAAUUUGAGGGAACUGUAUUUGGUCGGUAACCUGAACUCUGAAAACAACAAACUGAUCGGACUCGAGUCUCUGCGCGAUCUCAGGCACUUAAAGAUCCUGCAUCUGAAAAGCAACCUCACAAAGAUCCCGACAAACAUCACGGAUCUGUCGCCGCACCUGCUCAAACUGGUCAUUCACAAUGACGGGACGAAGCUCUUAGUGCUGAACAGUUUGAAGAAAAUGAUGAAUCUUGCAGAGCUGGAGCUUCUCAACUGCGAGCUGGAGCGAAUCCCCCACGCCAUCUUCAGUUUGAACAACCUUCAGGAACUCGAUCUAAAGUCCAACAACAUUCGCUCCAUUGAGGAGGUCAUCAGCUUCCAGCACCUCAAAAGACUAACGUGCCUCAAACUUUGGCACAAUAAGAUCAUCACCAUUCCACUGUCCAUCAGCCAUGUCAAAAACCUGGAGUCGCUCUAUCUCUCACACAACAAGCUGGAGUCUCUACCGUCACCGCUAUUCACCCUUCUCAAGUUGAGGCACCUCGAUCUUAGCCAUAACUCUAUAGUGGUGAUACCGCUGGAGGUGGGCUUCCUGCAGAACCUCCAGCAUUUUGCCAUUACAGGCAACAAAGUUGAGAUAGUCCCCAAGCAACUGUUCAAGUGCACCAAACUAAGGACAUUAUGUCUGAGCCACAACUGCAUCUCCUCCAUUCCUGAGAAAAUUGGCCAUCUCUCGCAGCUCACGCAUCUGGAAUUGAAGGGAAACUGUCUGGAUCGCCUCCCGGCUCAGCUCGGUCAGUGCUGCCUCCUCCGCAGGAGCUGCCUGAUGGUGGAAGAUCACCUGUUUGACUCGCUGCCCAUCGAAGUCAAAGAGAGCAUCAAUCAGGAAUCUAGUGUUUCUUUUGCAAACGGGUGUAAAUGUCUGAGUGACGGACGGUAG